UUCUUCAACGAAAAAAAAGCAGGAAUAACCAAUUUUUUAAAAAAGAGCUUGUUCAAUCCACCAAACACAGCACCAUAAAAUGGACAAGGGAUCUGCUUCGGAUGAAGAAUGGGAUCAAGUCGAGGAGAUUUGGGAGGAUGAAUCGACUUUCCAAUGUCUUUUUUGCAAAGACAUGUUUUCAAGCUUACCUGAGCUCUGGGAGCACGCAAAGAAAGUUCACAAUUUCGACUUUGAGCAAUUGAAGAAACAACAUCAAUUGGAUUUGUACGGUUGCUUCAAGCUGGUCAACUAUAUCCGUAGCAUGGUCAAAUUGGGAGAAACUCCUGACUUCUCUGACGCUUCUGUCUUCGCUAAUGAGAAAUACAUGAUUCCUGUAUUGGAGAACGAUGCCGUUUUGUUUAGUCUCGAUGAAGAGGAGAGUGACGCUGAACAGGAACAGCAAUCUUCUCAUGAGGCUUCUUCUCGUAACCUUUUACGCGAAAACGCUUCGUUGAAAGAACAGCUCAACGCAAUGUCUAAGCAACUGAAAGCUCUUCAAACCCAAAAGCUUGAGGAGCUUACAAACGAGGUUAAAACCACAUCUAUAGCAACCGCAAGCGGACGAGACAAUGACUCGUACUACUUUGAAGGCUACGCAAGCAACGACAUACACUAUCUAAUGCUUAGUGAUGCUGUGCGUACAGAUGGCUAUCGGGACUUUAUUUAUGGAAACAAGGAUAUUUUCAAGGACAAAAUAGUUCUUGAUGUUGGAUGUGGUACAGGUAUUUUGUCCAUGUUUGCUGCCAAGGCUGGAGCCAAGCAUGUUUAUGCUGUGGAUAACUCCAAUAUCAUUCAUCUGGCAAUUGCUAAUGCUGCUGAAAAUGACUUGAGUAAAGAUAUUACUUUUAUUCAUGGAAAGGUUGAGGAAAUUAAAUUGCCUGUUGAACAUGUCGACAUAAUUAUUUCUGAAUGGAUGGGCUAUGCUUUGACCUUUGAGAGCAUGAUCGAUUCUGUUCUCAUUGCCAGAGACCGUUACCUUGCCCCUGGCGGCUUGUUGGCUCCAUCAGAAACACGACUUGUUUUGACGGCCACCACAAACACUGAAGUCUUAGAGGAGUAUGUGGACUUUUGGAGCAAUGUGUACGGAUUCAAAAUGAACGGAAUGAAGGAUGCAGCUUACGGCGAAGUGCAUGUUCAAGUAGUUCCUGAAAGCUACGUUAAUGCCAAACCGUUCGAGUUUCAAACUCUGAACAUGCACAGCUGUGCAGUAGAAAAUGUGAGUUUUACUGCUCCUUUUACCCUUCAAAUUGAAAAUGCUGGUCCUCUUUGCGCUUUUACUCUUUGGUUCGACACAUACUUUUCUCGUAAAGCAUCUGAUGCUAUUCCCUCUAAAAUCUUGGAAGGCUAUGGUUUCACUACUGGUCCUCAUGGAAAGCCGACGCACUGGAAACAGUGUGUUUUGCUUCUUCGAGACCGUCCUUUUAUGGAAGCAGGAUCUCAAGUUACUGGAAAUAUUGAAUUCUCUAAAAAUAAGGACAAUAAUCGGGAUCUUGACGUUACCGUUUGCUGGGACUUGCAAGACAAACACUACAAACAGACAUUUACAUUGAAGUAAUAUGCUAAGAGCAUCGAAGAAAGAUGUUCUGAUUGGCGAAGGUGGCCAAUCUGCACCAGCCAGUUCUUUUGGUUUAUUUUGAGUUGACAAUUUGAGGACGUGUGUUUGGUUUCACUCUCGAUUACUACUGGGACUACGGUAAGAAAAAUGUACGGGUUUUUGGAUUAUUUGCUAUACUUAGUUUCAUACUGUUUUAAGCAAGCUUUAAGAAAAAUAUCGAUAUUGUAACGUAGAAUGCACAGAAACUUCAUACUCUGCUCCAUACAUAAAGAUUGCACAUCCUGUAAACUUUCCUACUCCCUUUAAAAC